AAUAUGAAAAAAGAGGACUUUCUGUUCACCUUUUGAAUACAUUAAAAUAGAAAGUAAAAAAGAUACAGGUAGGGCUCGGUGGCUCACCUGUGGAAUCCCAGCACUUCCCAGGCCGAGGCAGGAGGAUCACCUGAGAUUGGAAGUUUGAGACCAGCCUGACCAACAUGGAGAAACCCUGUCUACAAAAGUUCAAAAUUCGCCUAGCAUGGUGGCACAUGCCUAUAAUGCCAGCUAAUGGGGAGGCUGAGGCAGGAGAAUCACUUGAACCCGAAAGGCGGACGUUGCAGUUAGCCUAGAUUGCGGCACUGCACUCAAGCCUCAAAAAAAAAAAAAAAAAGUUUGAAUUUUUUUCAUUCUCUGGGGCGGGCCUGGCUAAGCUAAGGGAGGAAGCUCUGCCGGAAAAGGCUGCAGCUAAGGCUGUUUGUUACUCUUUCUUUCACUCAGUCCAGCGUCUGAUCACCUCUUCUGUCACUCAGGCCCUGCGGGGGCGGGGCCUUAAGCAGUAUCCAGUCGGGGAGGUUGGCUUGGAAACCGUCCAAUCAGGCGCGUAGCUGGAGUAAAGAGGGCGGCUUUCGGGUUUGGCGCGGCCUUUGUCCCUCGCUGUAGCGAAAGCUGCAGGUCUCCUCUUCUCUGCUUUGUGUCCGCUGCUCCUAGAGGCCCAGACUCUGCGGCCCUGUGACCUUCAGGCAUUGGGAGAUCCACAGCUAAGAGGCGGGGAGCCCCUGGAAGCCUACAAAUGGAACCAUUGGGGUUUAGGGAUGUGGCCAUAGAAUUCUCUCUGGAGGAGUGGCAUUGCCUGGACACUGUACAGCGGAAUCUAUAUUGGGAUGUGAUGUUGGAAAACUACAGAAACCUGGUCUUUCUUGUUAUGCAUUCUCAUUUUGCCCAAGACCUUUGGCCAGAGCAGGGGAUUAAAGAUUCUUUCCAAAAAAUGAUACUGAGAAGAUAUGAAAAAUGUGAACAUGACAAUUUACAGUUAAAUAACCGCUGUGAAUGUGUGAAUGAGUGUCAUAUGCAGCAAGCGGUUUAUAAUGGACUUAACCAAAGUUUGACAAGUACCCAGAGAACAAUAUUUCAAUGUGAUAAAUAUGUGAAAGUCUUUAAUAAGUUUUCAAAUUCCAACAGACAUAAGAUAAGACAUAUUGGAAAAAAAUUUUUCACAUAUAUAGAAUGUGGCAAAGCUAUUAUCCGGUCCUUAACCCCUACUACCCAUAAGAAAAUUCAUACUGAAGAGAAACCGUACAGAUUUGAAGAACGUGGCAAAGUCUUUAAGCAGUCCUCAAACCUUUCUCAACAUAAGAUAAUUCAUACUGCAGAGAAACCCUAUAAAUGGGAAGAAUGUGAAAAAGCCUUUAAGAAGUCUUUUUACGUUACUACACAUAAGAGUAUUCAUACUGGAGAGAAACUCUAUAGAUGUGAGCAAUGUGGCCAAGCUUUUAAGCAAUCGGAAACCCUUAGUGCACAUAAGAGAAUUCACACUGAAGUGAAACCCUACAAAUGUGAAGAAUGUGGCAAAGAGUUUAUGCACUCCUCAAACCUUUCUGCACAUAAGAGAAUUCAUACUGGAGAGAAACCCUACAAAUGUCAAGAAUGUGGGAAAGCCUUUAGGCGUUCCUCUAACCUUAUUAGACAUAAGAAAAUUCAUACUGGAGAGAAACCUUACAGAUGUGAAGAUUGUGGAAAAGCUUUCAAGCAGGCUGCACACGUUAUUGCACAUAAGAAAAUUCAUACUGGAGAGAAACCCUACAGAUGUGAAGAAUGUGGCAAAGCUUUUACCCGAUCUGAAACCCUUACUACACAUAAGAAAAUUCAUACUGGAGACAAACCCUACAGAUGUGAAGAAUGUGGGAAAGCCUUUACAACUUCCUCUAUCCUUAAGAAGCAUAAGAAAAUUCAUACUGGAGAGAAACCCUACAAAUGUGAAGACUGUGGAAAAGCUUUCAAGCACACUGCGGACAUUAUUGCACAUACGAAAAUUCAUACUGGAGAGAAACCCUACAGAUGUGAAGAAUGUGGAAAAGCCUUUACGCAUUCCUCAAACCUUAUUAGACAUAAGACAAUUCAUACUGGAGAGAAACCCUACAGAUGUGAUGAUUGUGGAAAAGCUUUUUCCCAAUCUGUAAGCCUUAGUACACAUAAGAGAGUUCAUACUGGAGAGAAACCCUACAGAUGUGAAGAAUGUGGCAAAGCUUUUACCCAAUCUGUAAGCCUUAGUACACAUAAGAAAGUUCAUACUGGAGAGAAACCCUACAGAUGUGAGGUUUGUGGAAAAGCUUUCAAGCAGGCUGCACACGUUAUUGUACAUAUGAAAAUUCAUACUGGAAAGAAACCCUACAGAUGUGAAGAAUGUGGGAAAGCCUUUACGAAUUCCUCUAGCCUUAUUAGACAUAAGACAAUUCAUACUGGAGAGAAACCCUACAAAUGUGAAGAUUGUGGAAAAGCUUUCAAGCGGGCCGCACACGUCAUUGCACAUAAGAAAAUUCAUACUGGAGAGAAACCCUACAGAUAUGAAGAAUCUGGCAAACCUUUUACCCAAUCUGUAAGCUUUAGUACACAUAAGAAAGUUCAUACUGGAGAGAAACCCUACAGAUGUGAAGAUUGUGGAAAAGCUUUCAAGCAGGCUGAACACGUUAUUGUACAUAUGAAAAUUCAUACUAGAGAGAAACCCUACAGAUGUGAAGAAUGUGGGAAAGCCUUUAUGCAUUCCUCUACCCUUAUUAGACAUAAGAUAAUUCAUACUGGAGAGAAACCCUACAGAUGUGAAGAUUGUGGAAAAGCUUUCAAGCGGGCCGCACACGUCAUUGCACAUAAGAAAAUUCAUACUGGAGAGAAACCCUACAGAUGUGAAGAAUGUGGGAAAGCCUUUAUGAAUUCCUCUAGCCUUAUUAGACAUAAGACAAUUCAUACUGGAGAGAAACCCUACAGAUGUGAAGAUUGUGGAAAAGCUUUCAAGCGGGCCGCACACGUCAUUGCACAUAAGAAAAUUCAUACUGGAGAGAAACCCUACAGAUGUGAAGAAUGUGGGAAAGCCUUUAUGAAUUCCUCUAGCCUUAUUAGACAUAAGACAAUUCAUACUGGAGAGAAACCCUACAGAUGUGAAGAAUGUGGGAAAGCCUUUAUGAAUUCUGGUAAUCUUACUAAACAUAAGAAAGUUCAUACUAGAGAGAAACCCUACAGACGUGAAGAUUGUAGAAAAGCUUUCAAGCAGGCUGCACAUGUUAUUGUGCAUAAGAUAAUUCAUACUGGAGAGAAACAUUACAGAUGUGAAGAAUGUGGAAAAGCCUUUAUGCAUUCCUCUAGUCUUAUUAAACAUAAGACAAUUCAUACUGGAGAGAAACCCUACAGAUGUGAGGAUUGUGGAAAAGCUUUCAAGCAGGCCACACGUCAUUGCACAUAAGAAAAUUCAUACUGGAGAGGACCCCUGCAGAUAUGAAGAUUGUGGAAAAGCUUUCAAGGAGACUGCACACAUUAUUGAGCAUAGGAGAAUUUAUACUGAAGAGAAACCCUACAGAUGUGAAGAAUGUAGAAAAGCCUUUACAAAUUCCUCUAGCCUUACUAAACAUAAGAAAAUUCAUACUGGAGAGAAACCCUACAGAUGUGAAGAUUGUGGAAAAGCUUUUACCCGAUCUGAAACCCUUACUACACAUAAGAAAAUUCAUACUGGAGAGAAGCCCUACACAUGUGAAAAAUGUGGGAAAGCCUUUACAAAUUCCUCUAAGCUUAAUAAACAAGAAAACUCAUACUGAAGAGAAGCCCUACAGAUGUGAAGAAUGUGGCAAAAACUUUCCUUCAUUCUCAAGCCUAGGUAGCCAUAAUAUAAUUCAUACUGGAAAGAAACCCUAUGAAUGUAAUAAAUGUAGGAAAGCCUUUAACCAACUCUCAACUCUUACUAAAUAUGAGAAUUUAUAUGAAACAUAGACCUUCAUUACAAAUAAUUCAUAAAGGACAGAAGCCCUUUAAGUGUGAGGAAUGUGGUAAACCCUAUAACAAGUUGCCUUUUCUCUCUCUUUGAGAGAGUUUCACUCUCAUCACCAAGGAUGAAGUGCAAUGGCAAAAUUUUGGCUCACUGCAACCUCUGCCUUCUGAGUUCAAGCCAUUCUCUUACCUCAGACUCUUGAGUACCUAGUAUUACAGGUUCCCACUGCCACGCCUUGCACAUUUAUGUAUUUUUAGUAGAGAUGGGGUUUUGCUGUGUUUGCCACACUGGUCUCCAGAUUCUGACCUCAGGUGAUCCACCCACCUUGGACUCCUAAAGUACUGGGAUUACAGGUGUGAGCCACCACAUCCGGUCGCAAAUUCUCAAUUGUUUUUGUUUGUUUGUUUGUUUGUUUUUUAUUUUCAUUCUUUUAAGAUGGGAUUUCAUGAUGUUGGUCAGGCUGGUCUUGAACUCCCGACCUCAGGUGAUCCACCUGCCUUAGCCUCCAAAGUGCUUGGAUUACAGGCGUGAGCCACCACAUCUAGCCAAGUUCUCAGUUCUUAAGCGACAUGGCAUGUUGGGAUGCACUCAUGUAGGUAGCAGAGAUAUUUAGGGAAAAUAUUAGAAAUCGUUAUAAUCAAAAACCUCCCUGGGAGGCUUGGAGGUUUGCAUAGUUUGAGAAAGUUCAGGCCAGAGGCAGCCAAACCUUUUUUAUAUUUAGUUAUAAGAAAAACAAAUAUCUAGGGCAUGCAAGGGAGUUUAUUUGAGUAGUUUGUUUACUCAGUAACCUUUGAUGACUCCAGAUGGCCAUCUCAAGAGGAGUUCAACCAGGGAGAGUAACUAUUAAUGGUAUUUACUCUCGGUAUUGUAACCUGAGCUUUUAUCAGUUGUAAAACCACUAUUUCAACCAUGUUAAUUAUCCAGUAGCAGGUUCACUUGGAACCUCUGUUAUUAAAGCUAUACUGAAUAAAUGUGAGGAGGAACAACUAGAGGUUGUCAUGUAGCUAUGAUAGGUCUCUCUAAUUGUGAGCAACUCACGAUCCCCUCACCUGAUUCUUACAUUGUAUUCUCUGUUUGAAUGUAUUCAUUUGUUACUGAGUCAGGACCUGCAGUACAGACACCUGGUGGUGACCCGCAUGUGAACAAUUUCACAAUGGCAAUAAUUUAUGCUGAAGAGAAAUUCUACAAACCUGAAAGGUGCAACAAUGCUUUACCAACACCUCUAACUUUUCUGUGCAUAAGAAACAAAACAAUUUUUUUUUUUUUCAGACAGAGUUUUGCUCUUGUUACCCAGGCUGGAGUGCAAUGGCGCAAUCUCGGCUCACCUCAACCUCCGCCUCCUGGGUUCAGGCAAUUCUCCUGCCUCAACCUCCUGAGUAGCUGGGUUUACAGGCACGCGCCACCAUGCCCAGCUAAUUUUUUCUAUUUCUAGUAGAGACAGGGUUUCACCAUGUUGACCAGGAUGGUCUCAAUCUCUUGACCUCGUGAUCCACCUGCCUCGGCCUCCCAAAGUGCUGGGAUUACAGGCUUGAGCCACUGCGCCGGCCAAGAAAAAAAUUUAUACAUUUCUAGUGUGAAACCCUAGAAACGUCCAAAACCUGACAAAGUCUUUAUAGGGUUGCCACACUUGAUUGUAGGUAAGAUAAUUCAUACUGGCAAAACUCCAAGUGUGAGGGAUGUGGCAAAACUUAAUCCGUGCUUACACCUUAUUUCACAGGAAAGCUAUUAUGCCUGAGAAAAUCCAAACAAAUACAGAAAACCUAUUCAUGCCUACUCAUAUUAUGCAACAUAAAAACAUUAAUAGUUAAUAAAAGCAUUAAAAAUGCAAUUACUGUCAAAAAUCUUUCAUAAAAUAUGUCUUUAAAGUUAAGAGUAUUCUCAGAAGGCCGGGCAUGGUGGCUCAAGCCUGUAAUCCCAGCACUUUGGGAGGCUGAGGCGGGUGGAUCACGAGGUCAAGAGAUCGAGACCAUCCUGGUCAACAUGGUGAAACCCCGUCUCUACUAAAGAUACAAAAAAUUAGCUGGGCAUGGUGGCGCAUGCCUGUAGUCCCAGCUACUCGGGAGGCUGAGGCAGGAGAAUUGCCUAAACCCAGGAGGCGGAGAUUGCGGUGAGCCGAGAUCGCGCCAUUGCACUCCAGCCUGGGUAACGAGCGAAACUCCGCCUCAAAAAAAAAAAAAGUAUUCUCAGAAACGAUUACAAAUAUAAACAGUGUUGUAGUACCUUUAGUUGUGUUACAGAUCUCAUUGCACACAUUUUGUACUAAAGGAUAACCUACAGAAGUUGCUCAAGCAUUGUUCAAAUUCAGUGAAUUAGAGAAGAGUCCUGCAAAUGUAAUGAAUUGCGGAAUAAUUUUUAAUUCAAAAGCUACCGCUGGCCCGGGGAGCAGGGGCCAGGUCGAGGCAAGUGCUGCGGGGGCCACCACAGUCACUGACGAGCUGGCCACCAAGUUGAGCCAGUGGCUGCAGUUGGAGGGUGAAGGUGGCGGUGAGGCUUAGUACCAAGUUCCAGGAGUUCUCCAGGAAGCAGAUCAAGGACAUGGAGAAGAUGUUUAUGAUGCCGGGCGGGAUGGCUUCAUCGACCUGAUGGAGCUAAAGCUCAUGAUGGAGAAACUUGGGGCCCCCCCAGACCCACCUGGGCCUAAAAAGCAUGAUCAAGGAGGUGGAUGAGGACUUUGACAGCAAGCUGAGCUUCCAGGAGUUCCUCCUGAUCUUCUGAAAGGCGGCAGCCAGGGAGCUUGAGGAGGACAGUGCGCUGUGCGUGCUGGCCCACCUCUCCGAGAUCAACAUCCCCAGUGAGGGCAUCGAGGGGGCCAAGACCUUCUUUGAGGCCAAGGUCCAGGCCAUCAACGUGUCCAGCCGCUUUAAGGAGGAGAUCAAGUCGGAGCAGGAGGAAAGGAAGCAUGCGGAGAUGAAGCAGCGGAAAGCGGCCUUCAAGGAGCUGCAGUCCACCUUUAAGUAGCGGAGGCUGCAGCUGACCACCUGUCCCGGCCCCACUGUGGUGGGCAAGGGUGGCACAUAGGAGGCUGAGCCUGAAUCCUUGCCUCUGUCUGUGGGGACCAUACUAAAACCCUAAAAAUGUCUGUGAUCGGAGCAAGUUCAGGGGUCUGAAGGAGGUGGCCCGGCCCCCCCCCCCUUCUGCUUUUCUCGAUGCCGUGACGCAGGCACUGGCUCUCUGCUUGGCCCAGCCCUCCCUGGCAAUCCCUGGGAGAUCUUGCACCCCUGACUGCCCAGCUGCCUUCUCCAGUGCAGCCCCCGGCCCAGCUCCUGGCCCUGGGUCCUUCCCGGCCCGUUUGCCUGCCCUCCAUGCAUUCCCAUCCCCGCCACCCAGGGACCCCUGCCCUCCUCCAGCAGGCUGCACCGCCCCUGGGACCCCCUGCCAGCCCCUUCCCAGACUGGGAGAUAGCAGAAGAGAGAGGAUCAGGGCUGCUCCCGCAGACUGGGACCCAAGGGGCUUAUUGGAGGCACCAGGGGACCCCUCCCUAGGGUCUUUUCCUCCACCUCUGCCUCUUCUAUCUGCUGAAAUGGGGUAUGGGGUGGGGAGCUUCUUUUCUGGUGAAGGGACCCAGGCCCCCCAGGCUGAUUUGGAAACCCCCAGAUCUCUGGGGCCCAGCCAGGCAGGGUUUGGGGGCAGCUGUGCCAAUCUACCUCACAGGGCCACCCCCUGCCAAGUAUGCUGUGCAAUCAAAGGGCAGGGAAGAUUCUGGGGGUCGGAGACACUGCUCCUUAGCACCCCACCAGAAUACCCUAAGGCUCCCAGGGGGCUCUGGAGAGAGGGGUUGGAGGAGGAAUUGGCACCUUCCUAGGGAAGGAAACCAGAGUUUCAUCUUGAUUCUCCCGAGAAACGUCCGAGAAGUGCUUUCCAGUGUGUUUGCAUGUGCUGGGCAGUGGACAGUGAGGGCCUAUCCAGCCCUCUCCCGCCAUCCUUCCCCAAGUGCUGUUCACCGCCUCAUCACCAGCGACCUGCCUGUUAUGCCCAUCCCCUCAAGAAAGCAUGGGGACCCCAGCCCCCUGGUGCCCGGCACCAGACAGGUCAUGGUCAGGUCCACGCCACCGGCCCCGUUCAGCCACAGCUUCAUUCAUGUGCCCGUGUGUGGAAUCUUGCUGUGUCGUGAAACUGACCAACACUCCAAACAAGUGAGUGGCCCUUGAGGCCACAGUUAUAGAACUUUCAGUGUGUGUCAUAACUGUGUCACUGCUUGUUAAACUCAACUCUUUAUUUUAGUGCAAUGCCCCAGGAGUCCUCAAAGCUACACCGACUUGCAGAGGUUUUAUUUUUUGGCCUCAGAAUCUGCAGAGAUCAGGAAGCAGCAAGCCCCUCGCAGCAGCCUCGGCCCCGGAUUGCGUUUGCCUUAGUGGAUAUGUUUAUACAGAUGAAUAUAAAAGGUUCUUUUCUUUGGA